AUGGCCGCAGGCGAGCGGGCGGAGGGCGCGCUGGCCGGUCUGUGCCGGGGGAAGCCGGGCCGCGGUGGGCCGCGAGGCCCCAGCUGGGCGUCAGGGGAGAGGCGGCAUCCGCGGCCGGGACUCGCGGCGGCGGCGGCGGCGGUGGCUGCGCCCCAUGUUGGUGGAUUUCCCAGGAUGCACCUCCCGCCCCCCCCCCUCCGCCCCGCGGCCUCGCCCCGCCUCCCCUCGGCGCCCCGCGCUCGCGGCUCGCGGGCCAGAGACGGCCUCCUCCUCCGCUACCGCCGCCGCCGCUUCUGGAAGGCCAGCCCAGGCGGAGAAGGCUUGAGGCCUGCCCGGCCCAGGCCGGCUCCGGGAAUCGCAGGGCGGCCGCCAGCCCUAGCCCGCGAGCCGCGGACUUCCCGCCCUCUGCUGCUCCAGGAGGAGCCGUCGGCGCUCGCCGCGCCCCGCGUGGGAAGGGGCCGCGCCUGCCGGCGUCCUCCUCGAAGGAGGGGGAAACUGAGCGGAAUCCCGGCGCGGGGUGCUGCGGCGGGGGCUUGUCAACGCUUUGCCUGGAUUCCAACAAAGCAUGAAUUCUCCGUGGACAUGACCUGUGAAGGCUGCGCUAAUGCUGUCACUCAUAUCCUCAACAAGCUAGGAGGAGUUCAGUUUGACAUUGACCUGCCCAACAAGAAGGUUUGCAUCACCUCUGAGCAUAGUGUGGACACUCUGCUGGAGACCCUGGAGAAAACAGGAAAGGCUGUUUCCUACCUUGGCCCCAAGUAG